UGUUCCAACAGCGUAGUUGGAAGUCACGCGUGUACUUUGCAACACCGCACUAACGUGCGUUUAAACUUCCUGGAAGGCACCAUGCGGUGCGUAAGCCUUACAGUGGCGAGCGAGAUGGCACACAAUUCCAGUUCAUGACGAAACUUCGACAAGUACAUAUAUGUUUCAAGGACAUUACAGCAUAAUACUGCUCAUGGUCAGCUGUUGGCUUAGGAAGUGAGGGAGUGCUUCACCAGAAAUGAUUUUGGCAAAACUAUGACUUAUAUAGAGUUCUCAGUUGCUCGCCUUUCGACCAGUGACUACACGUGGUUGUGAGCACGCUUACCUAUGUACAAAAAAUUAAACUUCAGAAGAGCACAAGAGAAGAGUGAAUGAGGGAAAGAAAUUUGAAGAUAUAAAAUUCGUUGUGGCGCUGUCGUUGGGUGCGGCAGCCGCACACGUGGCCAAUAAAAAAACAACUUUCACUUCAAAUGCAGAAUCAAAACAGAAACACAUAAAUGUUAUUCACCUCGACCAGUCAUUAAAUAAGGCAAAUAAAAUAUUUUACUCUUUUAUAACUUUUUUCGAAGCAAUGUAAGUAAGCGCCGCAAAGAGCAGCGACGGUAGGGUUUUUAAAUUGGCUUAAUUAUUUUUAAUUAUGAAAAAUGAUGGUGUUUACAGCUACACCCAAUGCUUCCCUCCCUUCAGUUCCGAAUUUUUUUUGGUAGAAAUUUUAAGUACCGAAAAUGCCUGAAGCUAUAGACACGCAAUGCUUAAUAAUGUAUUAGACGAGGGCCAAGUAUUUGAUGCAACGGUUAAAGUACUCGGACAAAAGUGACACGUCGUCGGUCAAGGCAACCGCCUCCUUAAAUACCUGAAAAUAGCAGUUGUGUGGGUUGGUUCGUGUAUCGAGCUCUAAAAUAUGAAUGUUACCAAAAAAAUCAGUAAACUUAAAACGACACCGAUUUAGAAAUUUAGUUCAACUUUUUCACUCAGGCAGCGCAGUCUUGGGUAAGGCUGCUUAAGAGCAGCAGUGUGGUAGCUUCACUUAAUCAUGACCGAGGAGCUUGUGCUGAAUACACCCUCAAAGCAUUCACCGAAAACAUUAUGUUUCCACGGCGCUUGGGCUUGGAUCAUACAGAUAUUUCUUAUAACAUUCCUCGUAGUUGGCAUAUUGUAUAUUUUGCGCAAAAUCAAACAAGGUCCAUACUACCGCAAACGCAAUCGCAUCGACGACAAGGUCGUCAUUAUCACUGGCUGCAACGGUGGUAUUGGCAAAGAGAUCGCGCUGGAACUUGCGCGGCGUGGCGCUCGCAUUUAUAUGGCCUGCCGUGAUGCUGCGCGUUGCGAGGCUACUCGACUGGAUAUUAUUGACCGCACGGGCAAUCAGCAAAUCUACAAUCGUACCCUGGAUCUGGCUUCCUUGGAGUCGGUGCGUCAGUUUGCAGCGCGUUUCAACGCGGAAGAACAACGACUGGACAUUUUAGUGAACAACGCAGGUGUUAUGACUAUGCAACGCUCACUUACUGCCGACGGUUUUGAGUACCAGUUUGGCGUCAACCAUUUAGGACAUUUCUUACUCACUAAUUUACUACUUGAACGUCUAAAGGCAGCCGCGCCGAGUCGCGUGGUCGUAAUGAGCUCCGUCAUGCACCUCUUCGGACGCAUUAACAAGGACGAUCUUAACAGUGAGCUGCGUUAUUCAAAGAUCUUCGGCGCUUAUAGUAACAGUAAGUUAGCAAACAUACUUUUCAUGCGCAAGUUGGCGAAAAUAUUGGACGGUACUAGCGUAACAGUAAAUUGUUGCAAUCCUGGUAUGGUGUAUACCAAAUUAAUGUUCAACAACCAAAAGCCAGCUUGGCUGUGGGACAUCAUCUACAAGCUUUACGGACUAGUCGCACGCACACCGCGAGCAGGUGCACAGACCGCGCUACGUCUAGCGCUGGAUCCGAGCUUGGAACGCUCGACAGGCAGCUACUACUCUUACUACAUACGAUGGCCACUACCACCGUGGGCCACGGACAAAAAGAUGGCUGACUGGCUGUGGCGUGAGAGUGAGCGGUUGGUUGGGUUAAGCAGAACCGAACGCAUUGAGACAAUCGCAGUGUGAGACAAGGUUAAGGCAGACGCAUGAAGAUUGAAUUUUUGUCUGACUGCCGCAGCGUUGGCAACAAGACUUUGUUCAUUUAAUGGUGCAUUGAAUUAAAAGUAAAUUAUGGUAAUAAAGGUAUUGAGAUAUAUAAAAAUUCCAUUUAUAAUCAGCAGAUCGAAAAAUAUAUGUAAAAUUAAAAA